AUGCUUCGCGCACUCGUCGCUGCGCAGCUGCUGGUCAGCGCCGUCGCCCUCCGCCUCCCGCGCGACCUCAGAACCCGCAAGGAGAACAGCUACACCAUCGACCUGAACGCGACGCAAUACGGCCUCCGCUACGAGGCGCCCGUCACGUUCGGCAGCCAGACCCUCAGCCUCACCGUGGACACCGGCAGCAGCGACGUCUUCGUCGUAGAGGACGACUUCAAGUGCGCUGGCACUGUGCCCUUUGGGGAUCCGGACGAAUUGAGCGAACUCGAGCAGUCUGCCUGCGGAUAUGCCACCGACGGCUACUCGACGGACAAGGAGAGCAGCAGCUUCGAGGUCAUCGACGACCAGAACUUCCAAGCCACCUACGGCGCUGGCACCAGCCGUGGCCUCAUGGUGACCGAAGACAUGUCCCUGGGCGACGCCAGCGUCAAGGACCAGCGCUUCGGGCUGGUGAACUGGACGACGCCCAUGAACUUCGGCUCCAGCGGCAUUCUAGGGCUCGCAUAUGCGCCGCUGACCUCUGCCAUGGAGCUCAACGGCACCAUCGACAACCAGAACAUCUCGACCCAGGGCGAGAUCCACCACUACACGCCGUUCGUCAUGAAGAUGGCCAGCGAGGACGUCAUCAAGCCCUUUUUCUCGCUCGCCCUCAAGCGCAUCCCGGCCAACGAGGAAACCGGCGACGGCGGCGUCAUGGUCCUGGGCGGCGUGCCUGACCUCGAACUGACCAGCGACUGGGCUGUCGUUGCAGCUGAACCCUACGAGGGAGGCCAAACGGACACAGACGGCAACAAAAUACGGUCAUACUGGGCCACCACCGUGGAGGCCCUGACCUACGGCGACGACGGCGAGUACACAACCCCCUACCAAACCAUCGUCGACUCGGGCUCGCCGCAGACCAUGGUCCCCCUGGAAGUCGCCGAUGGCUUCAACAACCUCUUCAGCCCUCCGGCCAACUGGUCGGAAACGUCUCAGGGCUACGUUGUCGACUGUGAGGCCGAGGUGCCCAGCCUGUCCAUGAAGAUCGGCGGGAUUACAUUCGAUAUCAACCCCGACGACCUGAUCCUGCAGCAGGAUUCCUCCGGGUUUCUGUGCCAGUCGGCCAUCACUCGCGCAAUGGAUAUGCCCGGCGAUGCUGAGGCCGAUGCGCGCCAGCUGUACCUGCUCGGCAUGAGCUUCCUGCGGAACGUCGUGGCGGAGUUCAACUGGGGGAACUCGACGAUGCGCUUUGCUGCGAGGAAGGACAGUGCUGCGUCGUCGCUGGAGAUUCUGGGCAGUGGGCGUUUCGUGGUGCUCGUUGCGAUGGUUGUGCUGUUCCAGGGCUUCUUUUAA